CACCGCCGCCGCCGCCUCCCCCGCCGCCGCAGCACCAGCACCAGCCGCCCCGUCGCCGCCGCCGCCGCCCGGACCCCGGCGCGCUGAAUGCAGACUAAUAGGGAUGCCAAAGGAAAAAUAUGAUCCUCCAGAUCCUCGCAGAAUUUAUACCAUCAUGUCAGCAGAGGAGGUAGCCAAUGGGAAAAAAUCUCACUGGGCAGAAUUAGAAAUCUCGGAAUUGCUUUUAAAUAACAAUCUGUUACGGGUUUUGCCUUAUGAACUUGGUCGGCUCUUCCAGCUACAAACUCUAGGUUUGAAAGGCAAUCCUUUAUCACAGGAUAUUCUCAACUUAUACCAGGGCCCAGAUGGAACCCGAAAGCUACUGAACUUCAUGCUUGACAAUCUGGCAGUUCAUCCAGAGCAGCUUCCUCCGAGGCCAUGGAUUACAUUAAAAGAACGAGACCAAAUUCUGCCAUCAGCAUCAUUCACGGUUAUGUGUUACAAUGUGUUAUGUGAUAAAUACGAUACCCGGCAGCUAUAUGGUUAUUGCCCAUCCUGGGCAUUAAACUGGGAAUACAGGAAAAAGGGAAUUAUGGAAGAAAUUGUUAACUGUGACGCAGAUAUCAUUAGUCUUCAGGAAGUGGAAACAGAGCAAUACUUCACUCUCUUUCUGCCAGCAUUGAAGGAGCGUGAAUAUGAUAGAUUUUUUUCUCCAAAGUCACGUGCCAAAAUCAUGUCUGAGCAGGAGAGAAAGCAUGUAGAUGGUUGUGCAAUAUUCUUCAAAACAGAAAAAUUUACAUUGGUGCAGAAGCAUACAGUGGAAUUUAACCAAGUGGCAAUGGCUAAUUCAGAUGGAUCCGAAGCUAUGCUGAACAGAGUGAUGACAAAAGAUAACAUUGGUGUCACUGUGGUAUUAGAGGUCCACAAAGAACUAUUUGGAGCAGGUAUGAAGCCUAUUCAUGCUGCAGACAAACAGCUGCUUAUAGUGGCAAAUGCCCACAUGCAUUGGGACCCAGAGUAUUCUGAUGUGAAGCUCAUCCAGACCAUGAUGUUUGUCUCAGAGGUUAAAACCAUUCUGGAGAAAGCCUCUAGUAGGUCUGGCAGCCCAACUGCAGAUCCUACUUCCAUCCCGCUGGUGCUAUGUGCAGAUCUUAACUCAUUGCCAGAUUCAGGUGUUGUGGAAUACUUAAGCAAUGGAGGAAUAGCUGACAACCAUAAAGACUUCAAGGAACUAAGGUACAAUGAGUGUCUUAUGAACUUCAGCUGCAAUGGAAAGAAUGUAAGCUCAGAAGGGAGAAUCACACAUGGCUUCCAACUUAAGAGCGCCUAUGAAAAUACCUUGAUGCCUUACACCAAUUACACCUUUGAUUUCAAAGGCGUGAUUGACUACAUUUUCUAUUCCAAGACUCAUUUGAACGUGCUUGGUGUCCUGGGGCCUUUAGAUCCUCAAUGGCUGGUUGAGAACAACAUUACUGGGUGUCCACACCCUCAUAUCCCUUCAGACCACUUCUUAAUGUUAACACAACUUGAACUCCACCCUCCACUCCUGCCUCUUGUCAAUGGUGUUCACUUGCCUAAUCGGAGGUAGUGGAGUACUGCCCCGCCAAGACGGGGAUCUGUUGCUAUGGACCUGUACAGUUGUAAAUCAAAGUAUGUAGGAGUGAAGUAUGGCCAUCCUUAAGCUGCU